GCUUCUGGAGUAACAGUGAACGAUGAAGUCAUAAAGGUUUUUAAUGACAUGAAAGUAAGGAAAUCUUCAACCCCAGAAGAGAUUAAAAAAAGAAAGAAAGCCGUUCUCUUCUGCCUAAGUGAUGACAAAAAACAAAUAAUUGUAGAGGAGUCAAAGCAGAUAUUGGUUGGUGACAUUGGAGAUACGGUGGAGGAUCCCUAUACAGCUUUUGUGAAGUUGCUCCCUUUGAAUGAUUGCCGGUACGCUUUGUAUGAUGCCACGUAUGAGACAAAGGAAUCUAAGAAAGAAGACCUGGUGUUUAUAUUCUGGGCUCCUGAAAGUGCACCUUUAAAAAGCAAGAUGAUCUACGCAAGCUCUAAAGAUGCCAUUAAAAAGAAAUUUACAGGUAUUAAACAUGAGUGGCAAGUAAAUGGUUUGGAUGAUAUUAAGGACCGUUCAACACUUGGAGAGAAAUUGGGAGGCAAUGUGGUAGUUUCACUUGAAGGAAAACCCUUAUAAAAAGACAGACAAGUGCCAUCUGGAUCUAAGGAGCUUCCAUUUCUGCAGCUCGUUCAAUUGGAAUAGUAUUAGUCUCCCCGUCCCCUUCCCUCCUCAGAAAAUAAGUCCCCUCCCCGACGCCCCUGAAGGAGAUGUCAUUGUUAAGCAGUCUACCAGCGAUUCCCAUUAGACUGUUUAAUCCUGGUAGUUUUAUGUAGGAUCCAAGGAAUGCUUUCACGUCAUACUCUUAGCCAAAACUGACGUGGUGGGCAUUCCUUGCACCAUGUACAAUGAAUGUGAUAGUUAAUGUGAAUAGCCUAGCAGACAGCAAAGGGUAAGCUAAUCGAAUGCCUUGAAAGUAUUGUCCACUGGUCGGGUGGUAGACUCUAUACAGUAUUACUUACAGUUGCACUUGAUUGCAGUUCCAUGAGGCUCUUGUGCAUUCAUACACCUCACCUGCCUUGACAAGCCUAUUUUUGUGACAUGGCAGCACACAACACUAUGCAUUUAAAGCACUUUUUUGUAAUAUGUUUGACCUGCCCCCCCCCCCAAAGGAAUGCCAAUUAAGUUGCUGUAACUGUGUCAUCAAAUUAUUGUAGUACCUCAGUUUCAUUCCUGUUACAUGCAUAUCUUUAUAAAUGAAGUAGCUGUUACGAUGCCUUUUGUUUUCCAUUGAAUGUACACUACUGAACAGGAGUAGAAGUUAUCUGUUUACUAUGUGAGUCUUGAAACACUAAAGUUUUGUAAACAUCAGUCGUGGUGGCAAUUUCUGUAUUAAAAAGAGCCUUAAAUGGAACAUUGUUUUUUUUUGAGAUCAAAAACUGGCCACGUUGCAAUAAAACUUGUGGCUUAUUACAGAAUGUUGCCUUGUUUUCAUUGGAAAAUGCAAUUUUUAAGUACGUUUAAUUUAAGCAUAUUUCAAAUAACUUCUGUGGACAGAGUUGGAAAGAUAAUCAUUAGUCUCAUCUUAAAUAAUGCAAGUUGUUCAUUCCUCCUGGCACUGCUUUACAAUACUUUGUGGCUCUGUUCUGAUCACUCGAUAAAGGACCUGAUCCUAGUUUACUGUUAACGUAAAGAAGCUACCACUACUAGAGACCAUUAGUUCCAUGAAACACUUGUGUCAGAAACGUAAAACUACGAAGUGAUUAACCAUGCAGCGUGUUUCGUACCUGAGUGUUCUUAAAGUUCUACAUGUCAGAGUAAAACCUUGCACAGAAUCUCGCAGCUCACCAUCUUUCUUUCGGUAAGGUGAUGUGUAACGACAGUUAUAUGAUAUGCAAACAUGAAUCUGGUAAAUAAUUUUUGUUUCUUGAGUGUUCAGACUUAGACGGACUUGGUACGAGAAACAGCCUAAAUGAACCGUUCUCCUUGUUAGCUUCUAUGUAAAUAGAACUGGAACGUGUUUGCCACUACCGAGGCUUGCAUCGGGGACAUGUUUGGGUGGGAGCCAAGCAAUGCUCUCCUUAUAGAGAAUUUGAUCUGCUCUGUGUGAGCAAUCCUCCGUUAGCCAGAGCUAUUUAUGGCAAACACAUGCUUUUGUAUCUUGUCAUCGUUAUCCACAAAUGGCAAAACUGGACAUGAUUCUGCUGGUAUGCGUAAAGGAGCGCCGUUAGGCAGCCACUCGCAGCUGAACUGUGCAUGCUGCCAGAAGGAAUGCUCUUUGUCAUUACCUUGUUUUAAAAAGUUGGUAGAGUGGAACUGUGGAGCUUUUAAAUACAGGCCCUUUAUGUUCAGUCCAUAGCCCUUUUUCCAUAAGCAAGUGGAUAAUGGUCAAACUCUUUUUAUUUUAUUUUUUAUUGAAUAUUUAAAAUAACGACCUAGUGGUACUGUGUUUAGGCUCUCUUGUCCUGUAGAACUUUAAGACUUUCGUUUCAGGCUUCUGGCUAUCCCUAUGACUUGCACACCUCAUUGUGUUAGCUAUUCUAUGUAGACUGAACUUUAUUAGAAUUUAACUAAAAAGGCAUGAUAACCACUGACUUACUAAGUGUAUUAAUGAGUCUUGGUUUUGUUCUACAAAACUUUCCUUUCAGGUACCUUUUAAGGUUGAGAUUUAACUGAUGGUAUGCAUGUUGUUUAGAU